AUGCACGCUUUUGCUCUCAUUGCAUCCGGAGCUGCCGUCUUGGCGUCCAUGCCAUCCGUGCAAGGCCACGGCUACAUGGUUCAUCCGGAGGCUCAGUGGGUCGAGGGCUUCCCGAACAAUGGCUACGGCAGCACUAUUGACAACGAGGUUUGGGGAGUCUAUGACAAUGCCAAGUAUGGCUAUGGCCCGAAUGCCACACUCAAAUUCUUCACCGAGACGUUUCCGACCAAGGGGUAUAAAUCGCUUGGCGCGUUCAUUAUUGAGAACCAGGAGAUCCACCUUCCUAACGUCGACCCCGACUGUGGGUUGACAGUCUACAAAGACUCGGCGCGUUCGGAGCUGCCGGCAUCAGAGCUCACGUACACCAGUUUCACCCACCCUGGACCGUGUGAGGUCUGGUGCGACGACACCAAGGUACUGUUUGACAGCGACUGUCAGACCAAGUACCCGAACAAGCCUGCCACGAUGCCGUACGUCAAGUCCAAGUGCGUGGGCGCUAAUCGGAUGACGAUCUACCGGGUUGCUGUGCACGCGGACCCGUGGCAGUCAUACAUUAACUGCAUGUGGCUAAAAGGCGGUUCUGGCAUCGGUGCACCGCCCACGGCUGUCGGCAAGAGCAAGUUGAAAGGAGGUGCUGCUUCCAACUCGACUGCUACGAGUACCCCUGCACCGGCGACGCCGUCGACCAGCGCGGAUUCGUCAGCGACCCUGCUAGCUCCAUCGACCGCUGUCGUAAGCACAGAAGCUUCAGGCUCUGACGAGGAAGCAUCCAGCGAGGCUAAUGACAGUUCUGUCGGCGAGGUCUCUUUUUCCGCCGGUGACAGCUCUGAAGAGGAGACUCCUACAGCUGCGACAACGCCUUCAGUUGCAAUAGAGCAGGGAGAUACGGCCGUCACGGCUCUUCCUGCCACUGAGGCGCCAAGUGCAUCCAAUGCGAGCACUGGUGCAAAGUGCGUCCGUCGCCGGAGCUAG